UCCUUCCUCCGACAAAGCAAAAAUAGGGUUCGCCGCUCAUCAUUUUCAUCAUUCAAACGUUAUAUCAGCUAAGAGAUCUGCUUGGUUGACUUUGUUAUUCUCUUUUGCUACCAGGAAGCAGAACCCCUGAUCGCAACUUCCGCCCAAAAAAUGUCCGGAGAAGAAGUUGCAGUUGCUGUCCCAACUGACGUAGCAGCUGCCAUUGGUGAGCCAAUGGACGUCAACACAGCCUUGCCCCUUGUGGUGAGGAAGUCUCGAGCUCAUGGUGGGCUUGCACGUGGCUUACAUGAAGCUGCCAAGGCAAUUGAAAAGCACAACGCACAUCUUUGUGUUAUAGCCGAUGACUGUGAUCAGCCAGAUUAUGUUAAACUGGUCAAGGCCCUCUGUGCUGAUCAUAAUGUUAAAGUGCUGCGUGCGCCUAGUGCAAAAACUCUUGGCGAAUGGGCUGGUUUGUGUAAGAUAGAUUCUGAGGGGAAAGCAAGGAAGGUGGUUGGUUGCUCUUGUGUGGUUGUCAAGGAUUAUGGCGAACAACAUGAGGCUGUUGAAGUUGUUCAGCAGCACAAGGAUUAAGCAAUCAGAGGAUGGUUUCUUUGGUAGAUGCAAAGUUC